UCCGAUUAGGUUAUCCUGCUGCCAAACUCGAGGACUGGCGGCUUGGUUUAAGGACUUCUGAAGUCGCAAUACUCUGGCAACACUAUGAAGCCUGAUUGGUCCUUUUUCUCCAAGCUUGAUCACAACGGAGGAUAUCUGCAUAAGUUCCCAGCAGACUCUCUGAUAUCUCAUGAUACCGGGUUGAGAUUAAUAGCACAGGUCGGAACACUAGUCGAGAGUUCCUUUCAGAAUCCCAGACAUAUAUGUUCUGCAGGAAGUGGUGCAGUUCAGGAGGUGUUCGGCUGCUUCAACAAAGUUGCGGGGGCUUUCUAUUUCUGCCUUUCUAGAGCAUCAAAUCCCAAGAUCUUACAUAGGCUGUCUGCUGUUGCAGGCUCUGGUUCAAGAGCCUGUCGGUCACAAAUAAAACAAGCGACCUCUUGCCUGCAGCAUUUGGCUGGAUUGCAGUUUGGUUCUCGAGUAAGAGAAGAGCGUGCUAUACAGAUGAUCUUAGCCAGGCUUGCAAAUGUGACAUUUGGGCAACUCUGGAAUGACGUGGAGGAGCAACAGGCCUGUAACAUUCUUAUGCUAGCUGCUGCUUCUGUGAUACCACCAUUUGAAAACAUAUCACCAAAGAUGCUCAUGGAUUCAAUUACUUUGGGCAAAGAUGGUACACAGAUCAGAGAACAUAUGGACCAGUCAUAUUUGGAAGAAAGGCGUCCAGGUUGUGCUCGUGUUGCUGUGCCAAGAACAAUCUUUCCAGAAGAUGUGACAGAACCAACAACAGGAAUCAAGUUCCCUACCCUUCUUGAGGACAAUUCAAACCCAACUGCAGAGGUACUUGUUGGGAUGGGUAUUAGGAGCAUGCGGAUAAUGCGGGUAAAAAAUCUGAAUGUCUAUGCCUUUGGAUUAUAUAUACAACCAGAUUCUGUUUGCAACAAGCUGGGUUCGAAGUAUGCUUCUGUUCCAGCUGCGGAGCUGAAGGAUCACCCAGAUUUCUAUGAAGAUCUUCUAAGGGAAAACAUUCAUAUGACAGUUAGGCUGGUAGUUAGCUACAAUGGCCUUAGCAUUGGAACGGUGCGAAAUGCAUUCGAGAAGUCUCUGUGCUUCAGACUGCAAAAGAUGAAUCCUAACACCGAUUACGAUUGCCUGAAGACGUUUGGCUCUUAUUUCAGUGAAGACAUCCGGAUACCUGCAGGUACGAAGAUCGACUUCCGUCAAACAUCUGGAGGCCAGCUUAUAACUGAAAUUGAUGGCAAACAAAUUGGUGCUAUCCAGAGCAAAGACCUUUGCAGGGCUUUUUUCGAUAUGUACAUUGGUGACCCCCCUGUUUCAGUGGAGACCAAACAAGACAUUGCAAAAAAUGUGGGUGGACUCAUUAGAAGAUGCUAGAGCAAGAAUAAUUUAAGGCAGAGUCUUGGAAUUGUUUCGUUCUUCUUCACAAUAGUAAGGGCCAUAUACAUACAGAUAGGAAAUAGGAGAGGAUCAAUGUUGCAUGUAUAGUAAUAUAUCUGUAACUUGUUAGAAAUGCAAAAUUCGCAACUUAGGGUUGCUUAGCCUCUUUCUCCAAAGCAAAUGCAUCCAUGCUUUUCAUA